GACGCCGUGACUGGGAACGCGCGGCGGAGGUUGGUGCCUUAGAGAAAAUGAAGGAACCAGAUGAUCAGGAUACUGAUGGGGGGAAAUCAGAGAGAUCAAAGAGUGAUGGAAGGCAGUCUCAUUCUUCUAGAUCUGCAUCAGAACCCGCUAUGAAAGAGGAUUACAAAUCUGUUGAAGAUACCACAGGCGAAACAUUUACUGAAGGGGAAGAGUCAUAUUUAGGGGAUGAUGAAUCCUAUGUGGAACAUUUGGAAGGAAGUUCAAGUUCAUCUCAAGAUGAUUAUGUGGAAAGCAUUGGAAACUCUCAGUACAUGGAAACUCCUGUCCCAGAUGCAGAAGAGGCAGAGGAGGAAGUUAAGAAGAAAAUAUCAGAAAGCUUCUUCUAUGAUUAUAUGGAGCUGGCUUCGAUGCCUUUUGUGACUCCGGAUUCAGACAUACCGCUGGAUCUUCUUACACUUGUACAUUCCUUUGGUUAUGACUGCAGAAAGCGGGCCAACCUACAACUUCUGGACAGCAAUAUGGUGUUGUACGUAGCUGGGAACCAGCUGAUCCUUCUGAAUUUGAAAACCAAGGAACAGACCUACCUGCGAAGUAGCAGUGGCAGGGGAAUUGGUGUCAUUGGGGUUCACCCCCAAAAAACUUACUUCACAGUAGCAGAGAAAGGAGUUUUCCCCAAGAUUAUCAUUUAUGAAUAUCCUUCUUUGAGGCCCUACAGAAUACUUCAAGAUGGGACUGAUCUGGCCUAUGCAUAUGUAGACUUUAACUGCGAUGGUACCUUGCUGGCCUCUGUUGGUGGCAGCCCUGACUACACACUGACAAUCUGGAAUUGGAAAGAAGAGCAGCCCCUACUGAGGACAAAAGCUUUUUCCCAGGAAGUGUUCAAGGUUACUUUCAAUCCUGAAGAUGACGAGCAGCUUACUACAUCGGGAUCCGGCCACAUCAAGUUCUGGGAAAUGGCUCUAACAUUCACUGGCCUCAAGCUUCAGGGUUCAUUGGGUCGAUUUGGCAAAACAGCCACUAAUGAUAUAGAAGGUUACAUGGAGCUCCCAGAUGGGAAGGUGCUCUCAGGAUCAGAAUGGGGCAACAUGCUGCUUUGGGAAGGUGGCCACAUCAAAGUCGAGCUGAGUCGAGCUGCAGGCAAGACUUGUCACCAGGGUCCCAUUAACCAGAUAAUGCUGGACGAGGGUGAAGUCAUCACCAUCGGGUCAGAUGGAUGUGUUAGGAUAUGGGAUUUUGAGACAAUAGACACUGCUGAUACUAUAGACGAGACUGGAUUGUUAGAGAUAGAGCCCAUUAAUGAACUUCAAGUAGACAAGAAUGUCAGACUCUUCUCUAUGAUAAAAAUGAAUGAAAUUGGAAAUAACUUUUGGUUGUCUCAGGAUUCCAAUGGAGCCAUAUGGAAGCUUGACCUUAGCUUUUCAAAUAUUACCCAAGAUCCAGAAUGCCUUUUCUCCUUCCAUUCUGGAGCCAUUGAAGCCUUGGCCGUCUCUCCUCUCACUUAUCUCAUGGCCACUACUGGCUUGGACUGCUCUGUUAGACUCUAUGAUUUUGCUAGCAAAACUCCUUUGGUUCAGAUGAAAUUCAAACAAGGAGGUACUGCCCUUGCUUGGGUACCACGACGGGUAAGCAACAGUGGAGCACAGAUUAUUGCAGGAUUUGAAGAUGGCGUUGUUCGAAUUCUUGAACUUUAUGAUCCAGAAGGGCUCACAAGUUUUGUGGGACGGAAGAGAGUUUCAGAUGCAGAUAUUUGUUUGAAACAGGUUUUCAAACCUCAUACUUCUCCUGUCACUGCUUUAGCUUAUGAUCGUGAUGGAGAAGUUCUAGCCACAGGGAGUAAAGAUCAAACUGUCUUCUUCUUUGAAGUGGAAAGGGGUUAUAAGCCAAUCGGUUAUAUUACUACUCCUGGACCUGUUUGCCAGUUAACCUGGUCUACAGCCUCUCAUCCUGAAAGUACUUUACUGAUUAUUUGUGAGAAUGACUAUGUUCUUGAAGCUCCAUUUCCAACUAUAAAGGAGGAAGAGGAGGACCAUGAUGUAGUUUCCUAUGAAAUCAAAGACAUGUGUAUAAAAUGUUUCCAUUUCUCAAGUAUCAAAUCUAAGAUUCUGAGAUUAAUAGAAAUUGCAAAGAGAAAGAAACAAAAGGAGUUGAAGGAGAAGGAAAAGGAAGAAAGGAGGAAAAGCCUAGAAGCAGAGAUGGGAGAAGAUGGAGAAAAGGAACUCCAGGAGGAAGAGGAGGAGGAGGAGGAGGAACCAUUACCCGAAAUCUUUAUUCCUUUAACCCCCUGUCACAUCCUCUGUGGAUUUUACUCUGGGCCAGGGAAGUUCUGGGUUUCUUUGGGUGGCUAUGAUUCUGGUUUUCUAUAUCACUGUGAGUUUCCCCCAUAUGACAAAAGCAGUGAUAUCACAGAAAAGAAAGAUGAACCUUUUGAUUUCCGUCUUCUUGAGGAUACAGAGGAUAAUCCCAUCACAGCUAUCACUUUCAGCAUUAACCAAGAAAUGAUGUUUUGUGGAAUGCAAAAUGGAGCAGUUCGAGUCUAUAUCCUAAAUAAGAAUGAUCCUUCAUUGACCAAUAUGGAGGACUACUGGCAUUUCAGCAUGCAUGACAAUAAUUAUGGAUGCAUUAAUGCCAUCUCCACUAGCUUUGAUGACCGUUUCUUGGUGACUGCUGGAGCAGACAGUAAUAUCUUUGUUUUCAACAUUUUUUCUGAAUUUGAGUUAAAGAAGGUCAUGAAAGCCAAGGUGCCAUCUCCCAGGGUUGGAAUAGAAACAGAGCCAACUCCAGAAGAUAUUGAAGAUCCUAAAGCCUACAGUAUUGAGAAUGCCAGAAGAAAAAGAGAACAUGACAAGUUAAUGAAAGAAGGGGAAGAAGUCAAGGCUGAGAAGAGAGAACGAAUCAAAGCUUUAAGGAAUCAAUUACAGGAACUACUACAGAUGAAUGAAGAAUUACCAAAACAUAUGCAGUUUAAACGGACAGAUUUUGAUCUAGAUUCCAAAAUUCGUGCUGAGAUUGACAGGAAAACAGCUAAUAAAAUUCAACGAGUGGAAAAGGAAUUAGCUUGGGAAAAAGAGAAACACCAACUUGGCCUAAGGAAGCUACAGAAUAGAUUUCGUGAUUCGUUGGAAAGCGAUACUAUUGUGGUUCAUGCCAUACAAAGUGAACACAAGCUAUCCUCCUAUAGGCUUGUGAAGUCCUCUAAAUACUCCAAAUCCAAACGGCCAAGUCAAUCAGAGAGAAGAGCGAGCAAAUUUGAGAGGUUUGAAAAAGAAGGAACUGGAAGAAAGGACAGUCAGAGAGAUACAGGUGGGAGUAUUAGUGUGCCAGAAGAAUCAAUCAUAGAAAAAGGGAAGAAAUUUCGGCCUAAAACCCUAAGUGAAAUUAUGGUGGAAAGUCAAAUUGAGAAAACAAGGAAACUUAUAUUAAAGGCUGAAAGGGCCCAAAUGAAAAUUCAGCAGCGAAAAAAAGAAUGGGAGGAAAUGUACAACAGUAAACCUGGUGAUGACUAUGAAGAUCCCAAAGAUGUUCAAGCCAUCAAAGAGGCCCAGUUGUAUAUGGGAGACUUCAAUUUGAAGACAGCCCCAGACUAUAAGAUACCUGAACACAUGAGAGUAAAUGCUGCCAAGAAGGAAGAGGAACUGGGACACCUCGACUCUAUGGCCUAUGCAAAGAAAAUGCACAUGAACAAGUGCAUUGUCUCUCUUCGAGACCUUAAAGUGGCUGUCAUCGAGGAAAUACAGUGCCUGGUGCAAGAACUGAAGAACAUUCAGUCGACUCUUCACGUAUCCAAGCACAUCCCCAUUCCCCAAAUCCCUCAGAUAUACCCAGAAGAAGUUCCAGAAAAGAGAUUUCAGUAUGAUGAGGAAACCCUCCUAGCUUUUAAGCGGCAGCAGAUGAAAAAUCAGGCUGAAACGGCCCCUCGAGUGGAAAAGGCAGCGUCUGCAGGCUCAGCUGGAAGCUUCCUCAGACUCUCUUCUGGAAAGGAUGGGGAUUUGACGACAAGUGAUUCAUUGUCUAGAUCAUCAAAAGCAACAGUAUUCAAUCUAGAUAUUCCAAAGUUCAUGGAAUUUGAAAGAACAGAUCCAACUGAAGUGGAGCUGGAGAUUAUGAAGAGGGAUGAGAUUAAACACUUGUACAUGCAACAGUAUUUGAUCAACAGGAUCAAAGAACUGAUUGUCACUUUUGAUGCAGAACUCCGUCUCCUGAGACAUCGGAAACUGAAACUAGAUACUCAGAUGAAAUUAUCUGACCUGCACCAUGUCACAUUAUUUCAAGAAAUGCUUCUCCUGAAGAAUUUUGAGAAACAGGAGAACAUACUUCAAGAGCGUGUUAAUUCAUUAGACAAAGAGGAACAGGACAUGCAAUGGAAAAUAAAUGAAACUCUUAAAGAGAUGGAAGAGAAAAAGAAUGAAGUCGCCAAGAUCCAGGACCAAGAAAAGGCACUCUAUGCUGGUUUCCAAGCAGCCCUUGGAGAAAACAAUAAAUUUGCUAACUUUCUCAUGAAGGUACUAAAGAAGAGGAUUAAGCGGGUGAAGAAAAAGAAGGUUGAAGGAGAUGGUGAUGAAGAUGAAGAAAGUGAUGAAUCAAGUGAAGAAGAAUCCAGCUUGGAGAGUGAUGAGGAUGAGUCUGGAUCUGAAGAUGAGGUUUUUGAUGAUUCUAUCUGCCCAACAAAUUGUGAUAAGGGUCUCUUUGAACUGGCCCUUCAACUUCGAGAGAAAAGGCUGGACAUUGAAGAGGCCUUAGUUGAAGAAAAGAAAGUGAUCGAUAACCUCAGAAAGGAAUAUGAUACAUUGUCCAAAAAAGUCAAGAUUGUGGCAACUAAUCUGAACAUGGCCGAGGAGGCCCUGGAGGCUUAUCAGCGUGAGAAGCAGCAGCGGUUGAAUGAGCUGCUGGUUGUGAUUCCUCUCAAGCUCCACCAGAUAGAGUAUGUGGUAUUCGGAGAAAUACCUAGUGAUCUUUCUGGAACUUUGGUCUUUUCGAACCACUCCUUGGGACGACUGCAAGAACGAAUUGUCCAGCUCCACGAGGAAAAUUCCCAGCAGCAAAAACUUAACAAAGAUUGCCGGGAACGGCGUAAACAGCUCAUCCGAGAAAAGAGAGAGAUGGCCAAAACUAUACAGAAAAUGGAAGAAACAGUCAAUCAACUAAUGGUCAGCAAGUUUGGCCGUGUGGUCAACCUAGAAGCCCUUCAGACACUUUCUGUGAAUACAACACUUGAAGAACUAAAGAUCAAGAAACUUCGAAAGGAGCUAUCAAACGCAAAGGAAAUGAAGAUGUGGGAGGAAAAGAUUGCUCAAAUGCGACGGGAAUUGAUGAUGAAGACAAAAGAACACACCAAAAAACUUCAUCAGAUGAAUGAUUUAUGUACUGAAAAGAAGCAACUUGAUUCUCAGUUGAAUAUUCUACAGAACCAACAGGGCAAUGCCUUCCAGGGCCCCCGGAAAGCAGAUAUUGUGGCAAGAGAGAAGGUCACUGAAUUGAUCCAAGUCCAGGCCGAAAGGAUUAUGGCCUUAAAGGAAGAGGUUGCUCUUUUGCGUAAGAAAGGUGGCCUUGUUCUCCCCCCCAUUCACUUUCCACAAGAGAAUGAAUGAAGCCCGUGGGCCUUAAGUUUGCUUUUUUCUCAAAUCCAGCCAAGAUUUCUGACACUUAAUUCAACAGAUGUUCUGUUUCCUUGUCGCCUGCAACAAUCCUACUGUUUUAAAGUGAACUUAUCUGAAAGUCUAAAACCACAUCCAGUCAUGUAGU